AUGGUAGCCGUGCUGCCACUGGUUACAGCUCUCCUGCUGUGUGCAAGGUUGGGCGGUGCCAUCAGGUAUUUGGAGGCGCCGAAGGAAAAUGCGGCCGCCGGGAAGAAGAGCACAGCGGAUGCUAUCGCAACAGACGGGUCUAACAAGUCGGCAGAGACGCCGAAAGAUGAAAAGAAUCCACAACAAUCAACUCCAGAUCAACCGGGUUCCAAGGGAGUGACUGCUGUGGCGGAGAAGGAUAAGGAUGGAAAGCCGACUGUACCCGCUGCCGGCGCCCCGACCACGGAAGGGACGGGCAAGAAGACGCUGUUCGGCGCGCUGCGUGCGACAGCUGACUCUACCUACAAAGCGCUGGGCGCCGCCGGGUACCGCAAGUAUGACGCAAGUAAUGCAUUAACGCGCGGAGGCGGCUACUGGUGCAGCGAGGCGAACCUGCUGCCAGACAAGGAAGUGUCGUGGGUGGCCGAGCUCAGAGGACCGCGAGUGUUGACCGGCGUGACCAUCACAUGGGUCUACGCGCCCCAACUUGUGUCGGUGCUGGCGAAGCGGCAGCGCGACGGCGCGUUCGAGGAGGUGGCGCCAUACCAGGCCGUGGACGCCACCGAAACUACGCAAACAAUAGAAUUCAAACGCAAAGUUGAUGCGCAGUUCGUCAAAAUUGCCAUGAAGCGGCAAAUAAACGGCUACUUCGGAAUAGAGUUUGUGCAGUUCCACGGCGAGCCCAACCCUGUGUUCACGAUCCAGGGGGGGAUCACGUCGAUUGACGACCUGUGCCUGCAGGCGGACGACAAGGGAGAGGUUGUGCUGGAUUCGUGCGUAUCAGCGAUUGCCAGCUUCAAGUUCAACGACAUAUGGAGGUACAACGAAAAGCGGCAGCUGUACAACCCGGCGACCAACCUCUGCAUGACGCUCCAAGAUGACGCUGGUGUCGAGGGAGGGCGGGUCAUGAUGUUGCCGUGCGACCAGCCGCCAGAAUCCGGUGUGAAUUCAUGGGACCUCCUGCCGAACAACCAAAUCAAACUCAGAAGGCCGGGGAACAUGUGCCUCUCGCAAGCCGGCAGUGGCGCCGGACUCGCCAAUGUAGCGCUGAAUAAGAUCGCCUCGAGCAGUCUGCCGCGGAGGAACGACAACAAGUGCAACGCUGAGCGUGCUUUGGAUGGCAACCUCCAGUCGUGCUGGGCCUCCGACCAGUUCACCCUUGGCACCGUGCCCGAGAAGGUGGAGUUCGUGGUCAACCUGCAGGAGGACUACAAGGUCCGCAAGGUCGUCAUCGAGUGGGAGUCGCCGGCACUCUCCUACAACAUAUUCGCAAGAAAGGACGACGAGGACUGGCACCUCAUAGAAAGGGUGGACGCCAACACGCUGAAGUCGUCGGUGAACGACAUGCGCAACACCGUCGUGCGUUUCAUCAAGCUGGAGUUGUUACGGCCGAACCCGGAGUUCGCAAAUUCGGCGGGGCAGAUACACUACGGCAUCCACAGCUUCGCCGCGUACAGCAACAAGCUCAGAACCAUCGUGGAGCCGUGCGAACGCGCUAAGCUUUCGAAGGACGCGAGAGACAAGUACUUCCUCAACUCCGUCUACGAGGUGGACCUGCACGGCGGAGAGCCGCUCAUGGCGGCGGAAAAGGCGAUAGACAAGCUGGUGGAAAACAUCGGGCACAAAAUCGCGCACAUCGAGACACUGCACGGGAAGAUGGAGCAGUGCAAGAGGAAGCAGAUCAAUACCCUCAAACGUGCUCAGGAGCUCGACAGCACAUUCCAGCGGAUUUCGGACGCCGCAUACCGCUUCGAAGCUAAGCUCGAGCUGGAAGAGCAGUUCAGCCCCGAGGAGCACCUGCCUGCCGACUGCAUAGAAAUCAAAAAUCGAGCUGAGAGUAGGCCCAGCGGGUUCUACUACAUCCACCCGCCAUGUGCCAACCACCGCAUCAGGGUGUAUUGCGACAUGUACACCGGCGCCUCGUAUUACGUAGCGUCCAUUGAAAGCGGUCGCAUACCGCUGUCUGAGGUAUACGAGACAUGCCGCAAAUACGGCCUGGACCCAAUACAACUGCAUCACGAGUCGCAAACCGACGCGCUCAGGGUCAUGCUCAAGACCAUGGACGUCACUCCGGACUGCCUAUACCCCAUCGCCGUCAAGGUCGGGCAAAAAUUCAAGUCGCUUGACCUGAGGGAGGAAGUGACGCGCAUGAUUCCCUUCAAGCCGGAUAAGGAUAACAACGUCAUUGUUGUAGCAACAGAGGGGUUGCAAUACGUCGAUGGCAGGGAUAACGACAUGACGGGCAUCAUAUGCUCGAGCAACUACUCGAGCAUCAGGCUCCCCCCGGAGGUCGUGAAGCUCAGUUGCCACACCCUGCUGGGCGAAAACGACAAAUUCAAUGAGGCGCCGGUUGGCAGAGUGGUGAAAGCCGCAUGCCCGCAGAACUGCCUGCAAAACUAUGACGACAGCGUCGAAGUAGAGGGUGGCAACGACGGGCUAUAUUCACUCAAAACGCCGGUAUGCAUGGCUGCAAUACAUGCGGGUGAAUACGGCAAAAACAUCACCUUGGAAGUGCAAAAGACCACGGCGCCGGCAGAGUUCGAGGGGUUCUACCAGAAUGGCAUCCAGAGCACAAGCGUUCCAUCCCUAGUGGGGGAUCUGGCGUUUAAAGUCACGCGCAGCAAAGAUGCCUGCAGCACGCAUAAAGUAGAGCCGCGCAUUGACCGGAAAGCUGAGGCACUUGCAGAAAAGGAGCCGACGCUAACGGUCAGGAAACCCAGUGAGGAUAAACCGCAGCCCGCGCGGCUCUUCAACCAAGCACUGACGCUCGACGCCGCCACUGGCGAGGCCAUAGGCACACUAGUGGCGCAGGUAAACCAGCAAAGCGGGAAGGCGGCGCCGGUCUUUCUCGACAUGUUCCACCACCACACCUCGGAAACAAUCGCGCACGCCAUCCAUCUCAUCAAAAGCGCUGACAUCCAGAAGGAGCCCAUCGAGGAAAUCCUGGACAAACUGGAUGACGGUGUCAAGAUGAUGCAGCAGAAGAUCGAGUGGCUCGCCGCGAGGGUCACCUACAAAAAGGAGCCGCUGAUCAACGGAAUACAAGCGAUGCAAAGGGAGGAGGCGAUGCAAAAGUCCUUCGAUCCGUGGUCAGGCGAUGGGGUCACCCAAAGCAGCCUUUUCGAAACUUUCCAUGCGGUCACGGCUGGGGAGCUCCAGGGGGUCCCCAAAUGGACAGUGUCCAGCCUGUCCUUGAAGGGCGCUGCCGAAACUGUGAUAUCGCAGACCAGCGAGUUCGGCGCGCGCGGGUCAGUGAGCGGCGCGUUCCUGCACCUUUCAAACGCGCAAUACUACGACUUCGUAUACUCCGCCUCUGUCUUCGCCGGCAGCAGCGGGACCAUGGGGCUGACCUUCCGGGUGCUCGACGACCUCAACUACUAUCUCCUGCAGAUGGUUCAGAUGAACGGCGGUUACAAACGACUGAUCCGUGUCGUAAACGGCGACCCUUACGAGAUAGCGAAAAUCGAAGACGGAGGAUUCGUCGACGGAGUCUGGUACACAGUGCGCAUCGAGGCUCAGCAGUGUAGAAUAUCAAUCGCGAUCGUCCAGGGGUUGGAACCCGUCUUUGACGUGCCGCCAAGUGCAAUCGACAUAAUCGACUGCACACAUGCGAGUGGUAGCGUGGGACUCUUCAGCGGCCAGAUCAACCUCGUUCACUUCGCACGGCUGCACGUCGAAACGCUGCCGUGUAUGCGAUACGACAGGCCCCCAACUCCACCCAAGCCGCCCAUCUGCAGUAGGUUCACGACAGCGAGCAUUUCACUGCCGCCAGGCGUGUACAAGGAGACCUUCGCCGUCGGGUUCAACGCCAACUGGCGCGUCCUCGACAACUCGGGGCACUGGAGCGUGGAGGACAACAUAGCCGGCCAGGACAGGGUGAUCGCUCACAGGGCCUUCGAGUCCAUCGACGGCUCGAUAGAGCCCUCCAUGGCGCUGCUUAAGGGCGGCCGCAGUUGCAAGGCUGGCAUAUUCCGAGCGUCGGUGUUCCCGCAGUGCGACGCGAGGGGAGUAUUGGGGCUCCUAGUGCAUUUCGAGGACGCCGGGAACUACGUCGCAUUCGAGUGCAGCGUGCGUUCGUGCAGCAUCGUACAGAUGCACAAGGGGGCACGCAACAUCCUGGCCGAAACCGAGCUCAAGGGGAUCAAGACCGGAAUAUGGAACUACGUUGAGUUGGUGUUCAAGCCCGAUGCUGUCACGGCGUCCAUCGGUACCCAUACACUGGAGGCUGUGUUCAUAAACACCGCUAUACCCGAUGAAAUACGUCUAGGCGGAACUGUCGGUCUAUUAAGCGUCGGAUGUGCCGGAUGCGCGUUUGCCGACAUCAGCCUCGUCCCCAAUUAUGCGGCGCACAAGCACGGAGCCUUUGAGCGCAACCUCGACGGUGCGGAGGCGCGCCCAGAACCGACGCGCGCAGACAGCUGCCUUGCCGUCGACAGGGUGGAGCACUGCAAGGCGAUUGCGCCGAGUAGCGUUGGCUUCUGCGAGGCCAACUACUGCGCAGUAUGCUGCGAACGAAAACACGAGGAUGCGCUCGAUUUGCAGGACGCGUGCUACAAACAGUGCCGAAACAUGGACCACGUGGUGGUCAUGCUGCAAAAGGUGGCAGACAACCUGUGGCGCAGCUGCGCGACGCACUUGACGCAACAAGGCACAUCAGGCAGCCAAGGUGGGCCCAGUGAUUCGCGAACAACACAGCACAAUGCAGGCACGGGUGACGAGGAUGGAAAACUAAGCAUUGAAGACAGGGUCAGCAAUUGCCAACUGUGUUGCGAUUCCAGCCGCUUCGUGGAGGGCGUGCCCGCCAGCGUGAACAGCGCAGCGCAGUCACGGUGCCGCGGCCUCUGCAGGGCGUAA